AAAGAAACUCAUGAACCAGGAGAAACUCGCUAAACAGCAGGCACAAGUGCGCUUUGGUUGGAAAGGAACUGCUUGCAGAAUGAAGAAGGUGGUUCAUAGAAGAGCCACAGCAGAUGACAAAAAACUUCAAUUCUCUUUAAAGAAGUUAGGGGUAAAUAACAUCUCUGGUAUUGAAGAGGUGAAUAUGUUCACAAACCAAGGAACAGGGAUCCACUUUAAUAAUCCUAAAGUUCAGGCAUCUCUGGCAGCAAACACUUUCACCAUUACAGGCCAUGCUGAGACAAAGCAGCUGACAGAAAUGCUACCCAGCAUCUUAAACCAGCUUGGCGCAGACAGUCUGACCAGUUUAAGGAGACUGGCUGAAGCUUUGUCCAAACAAUCUGUGGAUGGAAAAGCACCACUUGCUACUGGAAAGGAAAAUGAUGAUGAAGUUCCAGAUCUUUUGGAGAAUUUUGACAAGGCUUCCAAGAAUGAAGCAAACUGAACUGAGUCAACUUCUGAAGAAGAUAAAUCUUGAAGAAGUUACCGGGAGCUGCUAUUUUAUAUUAU